AUGCUGAUGAGGCCAAUGAGGGAGUUCAACACAUACAGAACUCGCGCGGUUCUGGGCAAGUUGGCUACCGAGCUCGGCAAGCACAGCUCAAAGGACCACCUGCCCCAUCUCCAGCGCACACAACCUCAAGCACACCCACAUCUCACCAUCAACACCCUCCUCACCCUGCUCACCCCCAUCACCUCGAACCCAGCCAUGAUCAUCUCACCCAUCGAGUGGCGAGAGGAACCCGGAACCGAAUUCUGGACUGCAAACUACAAGUUUGAAUGGACAUUCGAAAACUGCACCAGAGAACUGCUCGAGAACUCACCCGUCAAACUGCUCUCAAGACCAUUUGGUGACAACCGAUGGCAAAUCUCAGUCGGGACGAUUGCUAAAACACCUGGCUAUCUUGGCGUCUUCCUUGGAGCUGCGCAAGACAUCGAACUCUUGACCUCAAAAACUUGGAUCAGAAGAUGCGAGAGCUGUACAGCCACCGUAAGAGCCAUCCGUUGUCCAUGCCAGGAACAGGGAGGCACCCGUAUUGACCUCCCAUCACUACUCAAGCUCGGAACCCCUCUCUCCCGGGGCACUUAUGGGAUCAACAAGAACAUAUCUGGUGGCUAUACCUUCAACGCUAGCCUCGAAAGUCGAAGAGGCCAAGCCAAGUACAUCAAGCUUGAUAAACUCUUCAUGGAUCCCGCGUUCAUCAUCGAGAAAGCCCUGUUUGUUGAAGUCACUCUCUCGGAACGACGACGAACAACUCAACCAUCCCCCUUUGGCGACAUACAGCGCUUUGCCGGGAGGUCAGCCAGAUUUUCGACGCUUUUCGAUGACCCAGAAUGUUCGGAUGUGUGUUUUGUUUUUCCCAAACGAAAGGGCAAAGGCGUACGAACGAUUUACGCCCAAAAAUACAUCAUCCGAUCGCUACCCUACUUCAACACUAUGUUCGAGUCUGGGUUUCUCGAAAGUGGCGAAGCCCACAGUCAGGCAGACUCCGUCGAAGCCGGCGAAAUUUCCCUCUCUCCUGCGUUGAUGCAGCUGGAAGAGGUGUCCACCCCCGGCUCUAAUUUUGCCGGUCAACCGGUCGCAGAAAGAUCAACGACGGCAUCAAUCGCCGAUGAUUCAGCCAUGACGGACGGGCGCAGUGUGUUGGUCGAUGGGUCCGCGUAUGAUGAGGAUGACUCCGAUUUUGAGCUGGAUGAUCUGGAUGACAUGAUGCGAGGAGUGCAACAGGCAGCAGAUCACCUCACCCUCGCCGAUGUUGGUAACUUGUCGGACGGUCAACAAAUCCUUGGACCAUCGACGACCGAUCGACCUUCCAAAAAACGGCGGAUAUCCCAACUGGCUGAUAAACAGAACCAAGUCGACGAUGACAUCGAGGUGGAUGAUGUGGCUCCCAAAAAGGGAAUCCACCGAGUAACCAUUACGUCUACUCCCUACACCACCUACCGGGCGCUUCUCUUAUACAUUUACUCCAACUCAAUCGCAUGGGCACCGUUGAGAUCUAAUUGGUUGGUACACAAACAAAGAAUGGAAGCUAAAGGCCGCUCGCCCGGAAGAAGGGCGGCGUUUGUCAGGGAGCAUGCGGUCAAGUUUUCGUUGGCUAUGGAGAUGGACGAGCUCCAGCCUACGUCACCUAAGUCAAUGUUUGUCUUGGCUGACAUGUUGCAAUUGCCUGAACUCAGGCAAGAAGCCUUGGAUCAGUUCAUGAGGUCACUUCAAGUCGACAAUAUCUGUAUCGAGCUCGCCAGCUCGUUUCUUGGAAAGUAUGACCGGGUCCGCCAGCUAGCGUUCGAGUUUUUGAAAAGCAACACUCACAGCUUCACGCUCCUACUAGACGAAGGCUUGAGUAACGUAUCGGCGGCUGUCCGAACGGACAUCCAGAAGCUAUUUAAGUGCCUCGAUGUCACUCCGAGCAACGGACCCACGCCCGUCAAGCAGACGAACAACAACAAUGGGGCUACUAAUCCUAACCAGGCCCCUAACCCCGCUCUCCCCACUCAUGGUCAGCUACAGCUCCGCCAGGCUGCCUUGAAUGCUGCCUUUGCUGGAGCCAAUUCUGCCCAACCCAUCCACCAUCCCCCUGUCCACUACCCCAACCACCAUUGA